UACAAAAUGCCUACGUUCAGGCUGGUUCAUAUAAUUUAUAUUAACAAGAAAAUGUUGCUAUGGUUAUUAACAACUUUCUUACUAUUAACAGAAUAUCAGUGUCUGGCAGCUUUUCCAACACUGGACGAUAUAACAAAUGUCAUCUGUCCACCUUUACGGCCUUUCAAGUGUCUUCCCUAUGGGAUGUGCUAUAACGCGGACAUGUUUUGCUAUGCUGGGGCACUAGAAUCAUGUUUCCCAAAAACAGUAACAGAGGAUACAGCUUUCACCUGGUGCCGUGACCAUGGUCAACACGAUGUUUCCCUGAUGAGGGAUUACUCUUGUAGUUUGGCCUGCCAAGCCAGAUUUCCAAAUUUAGAUUUAUCAAAAGCGCUUCACAAAUUGAUUAAUUUACAAUGUCCUCAUGACCAGCCUCUCAAGUGUAUACCAGAUGGUCAAUGCUUUGGAUAUGAUGAGUUCUGUGAUCAUGGAAAGGUGACAUCAUGUUUCCCAUCUGCCAUUCCAGAAACAGAACUCUUGGACUGGUGCAAGCAUACAGCUAUGAAAAAUAUUUCUUUAAUGGCACACCCGUCCUGUGCUUUGGCCUGCCAGAAAAAGUUUACUUUACAACAGUUAACAGAUGAUUCAGAUAACUCCUGGAAAAGUGCUGGAACAGUUUUAAUAGUGAUAGUUGUACUGGCAGCAUUGCUCCUUGUUUGUUCAUUUGCUGGGUUUAGCAGAUCUAUGCUGAAAAAACGACUUAAAAAGUUACUUUCUUGGAACAGCAAAAAAUACAGAAAACCAGCUGGAUCUGGAAAAUCAAAAGUUGGGAGUCGGCAGCCAUCUCUAUCAGCAGUUGAUGAAGCAUCAGAGGUUGUUAACGUACGGGUGCAGAAUAAUUUAGAUGCUGCACGUCAGAGUCAUGGUACCCGCCUCCUGCCAAGAUCUAACAGUGUAUCUUAGAAGUAAAUCUGUUUCAUAAUCUUAAUUUCAUUGAAUUACUUGUAGAUAUCUUUGCGGAUUCCAACUAUACACAAUAUUGAAUAUAUUUGUUGAUUUUAGCCAAAAGUUUAUCUUGUUUUUAAAUCUACUAAUUUUUAUAAGUUUUGAUAUCUACCUGUAAGUGAAUUGCACAGGGGCGUAGCGAGGGGGGUGCGGACCGCACCGGGUGACACCAUUUAGGGGGGUGACACCAAGGCAAAAAAUAGCAAAAUAUAUAGAGAAAAACUUGAGA